GUGCAUAGGCAUACUGUCACUGUGCCGCUCCGCACUCUACUGCCAUCAUGGGAGUUUUUACAUCCAACCAAGAUAAGUUUCCAGACUUGCUAUUACCGGCAAAAUCUCUCUAGUGCAAAGAGUACGUCUCUUUCGAUGCUGUUACGGUUUCGUGUUAGCCGAAUUACAAUCAAGAUGUUAUUGUUGCUGAAACGCCGGUAAGAGUUCGCUAAGAGCUACCUCCCCAUCAGCCCAACACAAAGGGAGCCGCAGAGUUGAGUCUCUAAACGAGCUAUUAUUGUUUUUGUGAAUGUCAUAAAAUCAUUUGGGUUAUUUUCCUUUUCGAAAUGGAUCACUUUGCAGCAGAGUGCCUUGUGUCAAUGUCCAGCCGUGCAAUUGUUCAUGGUCCUAAGGGGAAUAGAGAGAUCAAACCAGAAACUGUGGGUUCUCCCAGGAACGGAGAAGACACCAGGGAGCCUAUGGUGAAAGACAACUCUUCUCUUUUUGUGGUGGCCAGAAUUCUUGCGGAUUUCAAUCAGCAAACCCCCACCAAUUUCGCCGAACAGGCUAAAAUACGAGAGGAUAGCUUGGCACCAGACCUGGCCGGCGAGGAUGGAAACUCUGCCACACCUACUAGCAGCCCCGUCGACUCACGAAAGGCCAAACGACUGAGGGCUCGUGCAGAGCAAGGAUACAUCCUGAAAAAGCACAAAUGCCACUAUUCAGGUUGUGAAAAAGUUUAUGGCAAAUCGUCCCAUCUCAAAGCCCACCUAAGGACGCAUACAGGUGAGCGCCCGUUCCCCUGCACCUGGCCUGACUGCACCAAGAAGUUUGCCCGCUCGGACGAGCUGGCACGCCACUACCGCACGCACACAGGCGAGAAGAAGUUCGGCUGCCCGCUGUGCGACAAGCGCUUCAUGCGCAGCGACCACCUGAUGAAGCACGCCCGCCGCCACUCCGACUUCCAGCCCGCCAUGCUCAAGCGGCACCACGGGGGCGGGGGAGGAGGCGCGGGCGGAGGAGGAGGAGGUGUGGGCGCCGGUAACGGGGGCGUUGGGGGCACAAGCACACGGCCAGGGUCCCUCAGCGAUUACAGCCGCUCCGACGGCUCCAGCCCCACCCUAAGCCCCACCCCUAGUCCCGCCUCCAGCUCUGCCCCCAGCCCCGCCCUCAGCCCUGCCAACUCGCCUUAAAACAAGAGGAAGAAGAAGAAGAAGAAGAAGAAGAAGAAGAAGAAAGAAGACAAAAAUCCAGCCGCACUUUCCUGUCCUGUCCCAUCACUCUCCACCUGACUCCCCCUGACUGACUGGGGUUCCUGGCUGGUUCUUUUUAUUUUAUUUUAUUCUUUUUUUUUAUUUUUGAGAAAACUCUUCUUCUUUCUCGUGUUUUUUUUUGUUUAUCUCUCUCUCUCUCUCUUUCUUUCUCUUCCCCCAUAGUGACUCAUGUUGCACAGCUGUCAGCCCUCUCUCCCCAUGCUGGUUCCCUAGCUUGCUGUGGUGUACGCUAUUGUACAUAACCGCUUGUAGUAGUGCACUUUUUUUCUCGUGCAACCAGAAAAAAAUACGACAACAAUACACCAACAACACAGAAACAAAAGCAAAGAAAAGCAAAGAAAAGAAAAGGAAGAAAAAAAAAAAAAAGAAAAUGCCUUUUGCAGAUGGCAAUAUUUACAUUCUGUACCACGUGUCUGUAUUUCUCUAGCUUCAGACCACAGCUUUUCUCCUCCUUUUGGUUUCUUUCAUUUGAAAAAACUCUGUUCAAACGAGGACAAAAGAAAUCUAGUUGAGAUUGACAUGUAUAAGAAUGAGGUUUUCUUUUUUAAUUUUUUUUAUCUUUUCACCUUUUAUUAGAAGAGGGGAAGGACAAAGGGGCAUCCACACACACCUCAGGAUUCAAACCGUUUGGAUUUUCUGUUCAUAUUUGGGUUUGGUUUUAUUUACUACUCACCUGACUGCACAAUACAAGCAUCACUUUACUCUGGAAAUUCAACAUGGGGUUGAAUUUUGCGCCCUGCUCAGGGAAGGCCAUGUUAGCUUGAAAGAAUGAACAUGUUUGAAGAGAAAAAAACACACAGACACACACACACACACACACUUUCUCUCUCACACACACACACACACACACACACAAACACAUAAAACAGCCUUACUCUCAAUGAGAUUUGCACUCUUUUCCUUUGUUUUGUUUAGGUAGUUUUUCACAUUGGGGGAAAACUAGCUCCGGGUAAAACGAAAGACAAAAAAGCAGUCCUGAUGACUCAGCGUUAAUCAUUCAUCUUGAACUGAGAAAGUCCAUGAUGACUCGGCGUUAAUCAUUUAUCUUGAACUGAGAAAGUCCACGAGACACGAGACAUGAGACUGGCCCAGCCAGAGUGAUGGAGAGGGGCACAGCGGCUUUGGUUUGUUUCCUUGCUUUGCAUUAUGGGAGACUGGAAAAAUAGAUGUUUUUUUGUGUGUGUGUGUGUGUGUGAAUGUGCGACUUUCACUCGAGUAUCUCCGACCGUCUCUUGAAAAGUUGGGUGACCCAAGCCAUUGGGGCAGUAUUUCAAAGGGAAGCCUCCAGAAACAAACGGAAAUUCAGAUUGAAUACAAACAUAUUAUCAAAACAAAAAACAAAAAAAAAACACAAAAAAAAAACUAUUUCAAAAUGAAAAACUAUUAUAACCUUGCUGCGCACUGUCUUAACAGAGUGAUCACAUGACAUGAUACGUCCAAUCCCGUCGAGCGAGGGGGUGGCAUGCCAUGAUACGCCACUCUUUCCACAAAUCUACCGACCCAAACCCCACGUGAAACAGAAACCGAGAAAAAAAAAAAGGAGGAGAAAGUUUCAAAGCAGCUGUUUCCUCCCACUCUGGACUGCACACCUGCACAUACAUCUAACUCAAAUCAGGGUUUCACACACACACACACACACUGAAACUAACACAGAAGCAUUCAACCAUUCAACAUACACUACUACUUCAAUAGAACAGAACUUGUCAUGUUGUUUUUCCCCUCCUCUGCUCUCGUCCCCAAAUAAAAGCACACAGACUGACCUCAGCAGGAGGGUGUGUGUGUGACCCCGCUGACCUCACUGUCUGACCGAGAUAACCUCCCAGCUCCCACAUGUCUGAUGGACAGGGAGGGUCGAGCGGAGAGGAGAGAAGAGGAGGGUGGGUCUCUUGUUCUCUUCCUCACUCGCUCGCUCACUCGCUCUCUUGUUCAUUUCAUUCUCGCUGGCUGGCUGGCAGUUUUCUCAGGUAGAACCAGACAGCCUGGCCCAGGGCCCUCAGUCGGCCCCCGCACCCAUUACACACACACACACACACACACGCCCUGCCUGAGUAGGCCUCUCCUCUUAGGAAACAGCUGCAUCCCACACAGGUCUAUUCAUAGCGCAGAGGAGGAGUGGAGAGCCCUUCCAGAACUGAGCUCCUCACACCUCCCCCCUUUCUCUAACUCUCUCUCUCCAUCUUUCUCCCUCCCUCUCUCUCUCUCUCUCUCUCUCUCUCUCUUUCUCUGUCACUCUCUCCAUUUCUCUAUACUUCAUUUUCUCUCUUUCAUUUUUCUCACAUCUCUCCCUCUCUCCCCCUCUUCUCUGUCUUUCAUGGUGUGCCUGGAUUUUCUCUUUUCGUCUUCUCUCUCUCUCUCUUAAGCGGAUUCCUAAAUGUUCUCUUCUCUCUUGCUUUCUCACGGUCUCCCACGCUCUACUUGGCUCAGAGAAACUGUAUGCAGCCUUCUCUCACUCUCUCCCCUCCUCCUUCUCUCUCUCUCUUCAUCUUCCUUCCUCAGUUUGUUCUUCCUCUCCUCCUGUGCCCUGCCUGCCUGCCGCUGUGGGAGUGUGACUUAGAGCACCAGUUGGCCAGGGAGAGAUGGAGGGAUGGAUGGAUGGAGGGAUGGAGGGGGCACUGGGCUUGGCUGUGGCUAGGCGGCGUGCUGCAGCACUGGGGCUGCAUGUUGAGGAGAGCUGGGCGGCCCCCCAGAGGGGAACAAAGGCAGUUAUCAGCGGGAGGCAGGAAAGAGGGAGACGAGCCCAUGCGCCAGGCCUGAGAUAACCCCCCCCCCCCCCCCUCUCUGUGUCUUUAUCACGGCCCGAGCAGCCCAGCAGAGGAGACACCCACCCAGGCAGCUUCUCCUCCUCUCUCCCCCAAAACCCCAACCGUCCCACCCUCCAACCAAAAAAACCCCGUACUGAACACACGCCGCCAUUCCGCUCCGCAGCCGACAACACAUGGCGUCCCAGAGUGCACUGCUGCAGAGCAAGAGGAGGGGGAUUGGCCACCGCUGAUUGGCUGAGGUCCAGAUGCUAGGACACAGGGUUCCACAGCACAGGAAACAGAGUCUCAAAUAGUGGAGGGCUGAGCAGGAAUGAAAGAGGGAAAAAAAAAAAAACGAAUGACAGAAGCAGGGCCAGGGAGAGAGCCUGAUAUCUUCUUGUAAAGAGUGGGGGAGUGUAUCGCAUUUCAGUCAGAUUUAAGUCCGUUGCUCGUUGGCC